UGCUCCGUUCUUCUUCCGCUCGUCUUCUGCCCCGAACAAGUUCCGCCAUUAAAGCUUCUUCCUCGCAUCUCCCCUCCUCCUCCUCCUCCUCCCACCCGAACCCGACCGUUCCGAUCCCUCCUCGAUUCGCGUCAUCUUCGCCGACCGGAAAAGGAUUUCCUUUUACCCCUCAUCGCAGCCGCAAGGUACCCGAGUUCGCCGCUUAGAGAUCGAGUCGCGCGAUGACGAGCCAAUCCCAGAAAGCCUCGGUUCACGACUUCACCGUCAAGGAUGCAAGGGGGAAUGAUGUCAAUCUCAGCCAGUACAGGGGGAAAGUCCUGCUGAUCGUCAAUGUUGCAUCGCAAUGUGGCUUGACAAACUCAAACUACACAGAGCUGAGUAAGCUUUAUGAGAAGUACAGAAAUCAAGGUCUGGAGAUUCUGGCUUUUCCAUGCAACCAAUUCGGAUCUCAGGAACCAGGGACCAACGAGCAGAUCCAAGAAUUUGCCUGUACUCGAUUUAAGGCUGAAUACCCCGUCUUUUCUAAGGUUGAUGUGAAUGGUGCUAAUGCUGAUCCAUUGUAUAAACACCUGAAAUCUAGCAAAGGCGGGUUCUUUGGUGAUGGCAUCAAGUGGAACUUCUCCAAGUUCCUGGUCGACAAAGAGGGGAAUGUGGUCAAUCGUUACGCUCCAACAACUUCACCCCUAAGUUUUGAGAAGGAUGUGAAGAAACUGCUGGGAGUCGAGUGAAUUCCAGAAGGGUAGAUAGUUUCUGAUUCUGGUUGAUGAAUAAUAAUGGAAGCAGAUUUGGGGAGUUCCUUUUGAAGGAGACCUCUUACGUAUGGAUGUUGUUCAAUUACGCUACAAUUCUUGCAGCUAGUAACUGUAGCUAGUAACGUUUUAAUACUAAGUUUCAAAUAGAACACUGUUUUUCCAUCUGUUUUCAAUCUCUUCCCUGCGAAGCUUCAUUAUCGGCUCAAGCUAGGAGUAGAAGGAAGUGUAAUACAGCUUUAGUAUCUGGGUUAUAACAUACGUGGGAUGAUCA